AUUUGUUUGCAGAAAUGUUACUGUUGAACUUACCGGUUAGCAUCUGCACGUCGACUCAUAGGUAAACAUGUUCCGAUUAGAAAAAGUCCAGGGAACGUCCGGAAUUAACCAACUACAUAAACGGAAACAAUCUGUCCGUUUAGCUUACAUUGUCGGAACGAUCCCAACGUGAAAUAGGCUUCAGUACGAUGAAAAAAGUGUAACUUACAUUCCUUAUUGCAUUGCAACAUUACAAAUGUGUUUUCAGUUAAGUUAACAGCAAAAUCAUUAUUCGUACAUAAAGCGUCUGCUUAUUGUUAGAAACAAAUGGCGCAUUAUACUUCGCUUUUUUAAUAUCGGCUUAUGUCACAGUUAUGUGGUAGUUUUACGAGUAUUUCAAUCUAUCUGUAUACGAGUAUCGGACCAGCUCUGGGAAAUGCAGAAAGCCUGCAGAUUGUCCUUGCUGGUUUUUUUUCUUGUUUCGGAGCAUUAUAGAUUUGGAGCGCGAUGCAUAGGCAGCACUAAAGACGAAACAAAUGGCACGUGGCUUGACUCAGUGAUGGACAGAAAGGAACUGCUGCAAAAGGUCAUUGCGAGCAAUUUUGGAGUCAGUUUGGAGAACAACUUUAACGAUUUCGUGCUGCGUCAAAACGAAAGAUUAGAAGUUGCAAACGGAUUCGAGGAAGAUGUUCAAUGGACGACAACAAAUUCGGUUGGUGGAAUCGACCGAGCUUCCAGUUUUUCUAACGCUUUACCGAACGAAAACAGCAAGAGCAUUCAAACUUACUUCUACCCUUCCUAUGGUGUAAAUGCGGAAAGCAGCUUCACGUCCCAGUCCUUCAAACCCAAACCGCUAUCGCUGCUGAUGAACUUUGGUUUGGAUGGAAUAUCACAAUGGAGCGGAUCGAGUCUCGAUGAGAAAAAUGAUCUGCAGAAAGACUGCCCCGAAGGCUCCAUUUAUGACCCUUUUGGAUGUAUGUGCCGACCCACGGUAUGCGUGCCCGUGGAGGGUUUAACCGGGGAUCCAGCCGAUGUGACCUUUCCCGAUAACUGCGUUUCCAUAACAUCCAACUAUAAGCGCACCGUUCGCAUAUCCCCCAACGCCACCGAAGCGAAUAUCACCAUCUUUCUUGGCCUGACGAAGCCGUCCGUCGAUUUCGAUCGCCUUCGGACCGUCCCUGCAGAAUUUCGUGAGCAUGUGGGCAUCGCUCUGCGCAAAGAGCUUCUGAAUUUACUGACCGAACCCAUGCGCAUCGACGAAUCGCAAAUCGUUAACGUCACCGUUUCGGCUUUUCUUGCCGGCGGCAACUGCUCCAAAUACGCACUAACCGACAACCUCCUCGACAUCAGUCACCGACUGAACAGUAGAGUGACCUUUUGCGAAUCCCUAUCAGAUUUCGUGGAACCACUGGUGCAAGUGCCGGCAUAUUUUACGCUAUCUCGUCCGCCACAGUUUCGCAACAUAUCGGAAUCCAUCAUCGAGAUGUUCGUUCAUUUAGCGGAAGCUAUACAGAAUAAGACUUUUGUCUUCGAUGUGGAUGGCUUUGCGGUAGAAGCUCAAGGCAUCCAAGAGUGCAACGCGGCCAGCAAAGUCAACCCGGUAUUUAUGGAUACAUCGUGGUGUUCACGGGGCGCGGUACAGACAUAUUAUAACGAAGAAUUCAACAUAACCGACCUGGGUAACAAUACCAAGGUUUUCGUGCGGAACACGCGGAAGGAGUACGCAGCCGGGGAAUUUCGCCUUCAAGUGCUGAUUCGCAGCGAUAAUUCCGAUCGCAUCCAUGUCAGCCAGGUAGCGCACACCUGCGACCGGCCGUUAAACUGUUCCGCAUUCGAAGCGAAAGGAGCCGUUGUGCAGAAAAAUCAGACGGUGCUCUUCAAUAAUCGCACGUACGACAUCACCGAGUACUACCGGCUUCCGCAUGAUCCCUCGAAAAUUUUAAUUUGUGGCCAACAGUUAACGGUUCGUCUCAACGAAAAGAAUGUCGUCCUGGGUUUUGAUAUGCGACCGGAGUUAAGCAUUAUCUCCACGACACUGACCGUUAUUUCGGUUGUCGCGCUGCUAUUGACACUUGUCAUCUACACUUUGUUCAAAGAACUGCGCACGUUGCCGGGCCUGAAUUUGAUGAACGCGAUGGGAGCGAUGGUCGUCGGGCAGAGUGCACUGCUGCUGAAUUCCGUGGCGGUGAACCAGUUCUGUCAUGCCAUCGGGAUAAUUACGCACUACGCGUUUCUGCUGGGCUUCUUCUUUGCCAAUGUCAUCGCCUGGGAUUUUUAUCGGACCUUCGGACGACCACAGUCGCUGCAAAACCCCAAUGCCACGUCGCAGCAGUCCAUUCGGAAGCGAUUGUUGUGCAAUAUGGCGUACUGUUACUGCGCCUCGGCCUGCAUUGUCGCCGCAGCUGUUAUUCUGGAUUACCACGAUAUCGACCAAUGGCGAGUGGGCUAUGCUGAUCUAUGCUGGAUUGCCGGCGCACGCGCCAGUCUGGUUUUUUAUGCCCUGCCUAUCGCCAUUAUCGUAGUUGUCAAUGGUGUGUUGAUCAUUACUACAUUCUGCAAAAUGCAGACACAUGAAAGGUCACUUAACGCAAUGCACGUCAUAUCUGGUCGCCGCGCAUUAUCCAGAGAACAGAAAAUUAAGCGGGAAAUUCUGGCGUACGUUCGCAUUGGAUCGGUGUUGGGUUUCAUGUGGUUUUUCGGGAUCGUGGCUGGACUGGUUAGAAAUUUGGAUCCGGAUCCGGAAAACGACGGAUAUUUGGUAGCGUACGAAGUAUUCGUAUACGUGUUCCUGUUCACCCAAUCAAGUCAAGGAUUAUUCAUCUUCAUAGCGUUUGGAAUAAACAAAAGAAACCGGAAGCGCAUUAGAAACUUAUGGAACACGUGGAAAAUUAAAGGAUGCAAAAUGUGUCAAAGAAAACUGUGCAUCUGCCGAAUGUCGCCGCAUAUCACGAAAAGCGGUAGCAAUAAAUCUUUGCAAACGUCGUCCAGCGGAAAUGGCUUAGAUAAUUCCGCUAUGCAAAUCUAGUAAAGCGAAAUAAUGUUGUCGCGGUUUUUUAUAUUCCUGGAAUAUAUAUGUGUUUUACCUGUAACCCUUUAUCGUCAGCACCUGCAUCUUUUAGUUCUUUGUUCGAACGCGAAAACCUACUAACAAACUGCUUACAAGAAAUUUUACAUGCAAUAUUUAUUACA